CCUGGAGCGGGCCGGAGGGGGCCGGGGGGUCUCGGUGUCUGGGCUGACAUCGAUAUUUUUGGUUUUGGCUCCGCAGCGUUUUGAACACGGGGAAGGGCACGCGCCGAGGGGCAGCAGCUCCUCCGUGACAAAGCGAUUUCUAUUCCACAGCAGCUUUUCUGGGGGGAAACGAGACGUGAAUUUUUCCUGUCUGAGGGCUCGUUUUCCCCCACCAAGGCUCAGCUUAUCUAGAGAAAUCACAGUGUAGGUACGCGGUCGCAGCGGCACAUGUUAAUAUAUUUAAAUUCUGGAACAGGAGAACUCUUCUCUGAAUUCCGAGCCCAUUAAUUUCAGUCCCCGCUGAGCAUGUUCACUUUCGGCUUGGCUGAAGAGGAAAUAAAGGCAGAGCAGGAGGUGGUGGAGGGGAUGGACAUCUCCACUCGAUCCAAAGAUCCUGGCUCUGCUGAACGCACAGCACAAAAAAGGAAAUUUCCCAGCCCUCCACAUUCCUCUAAUGGCCACUCACCACAAGAUGCAUCAACAAGUCCUAUAAAAAAGAAAAAGAAACCUGGUCUAUUGAACAGUAAUAAUAAAGAGCAGUCAGAACUAAGACAUGGUCCGUUUUACUAUAUGAAGCAGCCACUCACCACAGACCCUGUUGAUGUUGUACCGCAGGAUGGACGGAAUGAUUUCUAUUGCUGGGUUUGUCAUCGGGAAGGCCAAGUCCUCUGCUGCGAGCUCUGCCCUCGGGUUUAUCAUGCUAAGUGUCUGAAACUGACAGCCGAGCCAGAGGGGGAUUGGUUUUGCCCCGAAUGUGAGAAAAUCACAGUGGCAGAAUGCAUAGAAACACAGAGUAAAGCAAUGACAAUGCUCACCAUCGAACAGCUAUCAUAUCUACUGAAGUUUGCACUACAGAAAAUGAAACAGCCAGGGACAGAGCCAUUUCAAAAGCCAGUUUCACUGGAUCAACACCCAGAUUAUGCAGAAUAUAUCUUUCAUCCAAUGGACCUUUGUACAUUAGAGAAGAAUGUUAAAAAGAAAAUGUACGGUUGCACUGAAGCAUUUUUGGCUGAUGCCAAAUGGAUUUUGCACAACUGCAUUAUUUACAAUGGGGGAAAUCACAAAUUGACACAGACAGCAAAAGUCAUCAUCAAAAUCUGUGAGCAUGAGAUGAAUGAAAUCGAAGUUUGUCCGGAAUGUUAUUUAGCUGCUUGCCAAAAACGAGAAAAUUGGUUUUGUGAGCCUUGUAGCAAUCCCCACCCUUUGGUCUGGGCUAAACUCAAAGGCUUUCCAUUCUGGCCUGCUAAAGCACUGAGGGAUAAAGACGGGCAAGUCGAUGCCCGUUUCUUUGGCCAACAUGACAGGGCCUGGGUUCCAAUAAAUAAUUGCUACCUCAUGUCUAAAGAAAUUCCUUUUUCUGUGAAAAAGACUAAAAGCAUCUUCAAUAGUGCAAUGCAAGAAAUGGAGGUUUAUGUUGAUAACAUUCGUAGAAAAUUUGGAGUAUUUAAUUACGCACCUUUCCGGACACCAUAUACUCCCAACAAUCAAUACCAAAUGUUGUUAGACCCUGCAAACCCAACUGCUGGAACUGCAAAGACAGACAAACAAGAGAAAAUCAAACUGAACUUUGAUAUGACAGCAUCACCCAAGAUUCUGAUGAGCAAGUCUAUGCUGAGCAGCAGCACAGGCCGUAGGAUUUCACUGACAGAUAUGCCACGGUCACCAAUGAGUACAAACUCAUCAGUUCACACUGGCUCUGAUGUUGAACAGGAUGCAGAGAAAAAAGCAACUUCCAGUCAUUUUAGUGCCAGUGAAGAAUCCAUGGACUUUAUUGAGAAAAAUACAGCUUCUCCAGCACCAACGAGAACAGGGCAAGCAGGGAGCUUGUCAGGCAGCCCCAAACCUUUCUCUCCUCAAGCAUCAACACCAAUUUCUUCUAAGCAAGAAAGAACCUCCACUCCAGGAAGCAUUCUGAAUCUUAAUCUUGACCGUAGCAAAGCUGAGAUGGAUCUGAAAGAGCUGAGUGAGUCAGUCCAGCAGCAGAGCACUCCUGUGCAGCUCAUCUCCCCCAAACGACAGAUCCGGAGCAGGUUCCAGCUGAACCUGGACAAGACAAUAGAGAGCUGCAAAGCACAACUGGGAAUAAAUGAAAUAUCUGAAGCUGUUUAUACUGCAGUAGAACACAGUGACUCUGAAGAUUCUGAAAAAUCCGACACCAGUGACAGCGAAUACAGUGAUGAGGAUCAGAAAUCAAAGAAUGAUCAAGAAGAUGGUGAGGACAAGGAAGGUACAAGAAGUGACAAAGAAUCACUGAGCUUGAAAAAAAAACCUAAGCCCCCAGCACAGAAUGAAGACAAGGAGGAACUUAAAAGCACAAGUCCAGAAGUGGAGAAAACAGAAGAACCGGUCAAGGAAAAGUCCAUUUCAGACACUGAAAAAGAAUUUUCUGAAAAGGGAAAAAGUUUACAGCAUCCUGCAAAAGAAAAGCUGAAAGGUAAAGAUGAAACAGACUCUCCAACUGUGCAUCUAGGACUGGACUCUGAUUCUGAGAGUGAACUUGUCAUCGAUCUAGGAGAUGAUCAUUGUGCUCGUGAAGGAAGGAAAAACAAGAAAGAAUCUAAAGAACCUUCUCCCAAACAAGAUGUUGUAGGUAAAACUCCACCCUCCUCCAGUGCAAGCACUCAGCCUCUACCAGAAACUCCAGUCCUCACCCGUUCUGCAGCCCAGACCCCCCCAGCUGGUGUGACAGCAACCACGAGUGCUGCUUCCACUGCCAGUGCUCCAUCUGCAGCCACAGGGAGCCCUGUGAAAAAGCAGAGGCCUUUGCUGCCCAAGGAAACUGCCCCUGCUGUGCAGCGGGUGGUGUGGAAUUCUUCCAAUAAAUUCCAGACAUCAUCUCAGAAAUGGCACAUGCAGAAGGUACAGAGGCAGCAGCAACAGCAGCAGAGCCAGCAGGCUCAGUCACAGCAGCCUCAGUCCUCUCAAGGGACGAGAUACCAGACAAGACAAGCAGUUAAAGCUGUGCAGCAAAAAGAGAUCACCCAGAGCACUUCCACGUCCACUAUAACCUUAGUCACAAGCACUCAGCCUAUUUCUAUGGUUACCAGUUCUGGAUCUGCAAGUACACUUUCUUCCUCACUAAACACAGACCUGCCCAUUGCAACAGCUUCAGCUGAUGUGGCUGCAGAUAUUGCUAAAUAUACCAGCAAAAUGAUGGAUGCCAUCAAAGGAACAAUGACUGAAAUAUAUAAUGAUCUUUCAAAAAAUACUACUGGAAGUACAAUAGCUGAGAUUCGGCGUUUGAGGAUCGAGAUAGAAAAACUUCAAUGGCUCCAUCAACAGGAACUCUCAGAAAUGAAGCAUAACCUAGAACUGACAAUGGCUGAAAUGCGUCAGAGCCUGGAGCAGGAACGAGAUCGUUUGAUUGCUGAGGUGAAGAAGCAGCUGGAACUGGAAAAGCAACAAGCAGUGGAUGAAACCAAGAAGAAGCAGUGGUGUGCCAACUGCAAGAAAGAGGCCAUCUUCUACUGCUGUUGGAAUACCAGCUACUGUGACUACCCCUGCCAACAAGCUCACUGGCCUGAGCACAUGAAAUCGUGCACACAGUCAGCUACUGCGACACAGCAAGAAACAGAUACUGAAAUUAGCACAGAAACACUAAAUAAAUCAUCCCAACCCAGUUCAAGUGUGCAGUCUACACCCACAGAAACAGCCAGCACCCCUAAGGAAAAGGAAGGUUCAGCUGAUAAAAGCAAAGAGAGUGUUACAGAUCCAUCAGUGUAGCUUCUGGUCUGGAUCUUUCGAUACAAGUUGCCUUCUGAUAAGCAAUACUGACUGCAGCACUUCCAAGCCCUUCUUGCCUGGGGGUUCAGAGGCCAAGCUCAAGACCUGCAUUCAAAUCAACUUACUUUAUCACCACAGACUGUCAUUAGGGUACCACAAUGUUCCAUAACACUGAUACAACAGUUCACCUGGAUCUACGGUUAACGGAGCAGUUCCGAAAUCCUCCAUAGCAUCUACUCUGAUAGUAUUCAGUAGGCAAGGAUGAGCUAAUGCUCUAAUAAAAGGGACUUAACAUUGCAUAUAUAGAAAAUGUUUAUAGAGAAGAUUCUGCUUUAUAGGUAGGGCUUGACUAUUAGCAAUUUCGGCAUCAUUUUUUUUUUCUCCCCUUGCAAGAUUUAUUAAAUGAAAAAUUUUAGUGGGGAGGGGGGGCUGAUCCUUCAAACCCUUACACGUGAUCCUGCACAUCAGUAGGAGCCUUGUUGUAUUUUAAAAUAUUAAAGGCAAACUAAUUUUGUAGUAUUGUGAUUCCAGCAUGAUGUCUCAUUGAGAUAGUCCUGUAGAAUUGGGAAGCAUAGUAAUCUAGAGAGCUGUGUUCAUUUCUUGACACUUUUGCUACUGUCUGGUGUUAGAUCUCUGGGCUUGACAUGUCACCUAAGGGAGUAACUUGGGGAAACAGAUUUGAAGAGGGGGAAAAAGGAUGUGCUGUUCCACUUGAAUACUUUGAUGAAGUUGGUUAAACUCUGACUCAUUCAGUUGAUGUUUGUUUGCAUUGUUCUGGUGGCACAAGCUUUAUAUUACCGGGGAAAUAGGGAAUGUGAGACCUAAAGCUUGCCAGGGAAUAUUCCAGUUAUACAAAUCUGGAAUUUCACAUAGGUGUUCUACCUGAAACAUCAUGCUGUAUACAUGGAUCAUGUUCACAAUAUGAAUUUUGUUUUAUUAACAAAGAAGUAACCUGUGAAUUCAUUGAGAUGCAGAUUUUUAACAUAAAGAAAACAUCCAACAUAAAUUUCCUAUCGUAGUAACAACAACUAGGUGGAAUUUAUGUAAAAGCUGAGGCUUCUACUGAGGUUGCCCGUGCUGUCUCUGCAGAUAGCAACAGGUGUGACAAGCAACCAGCCUAUAAAACUGGUCCAGGUACCACAGACCACCACCUAUAUUCCAACUACUCAACCCACAAUUGUAAGUACAACAUCAUAAUUUAAAGUCUGCAGCAGCGCCAUGCCUGGCAUUAAAACUGCUCAGUAUCUCUGGGGGGUUGUUUCUGUCUGCUCUUCUAUCAAGGGAUGAAUUCACUGGUAGAGUCUCGACUUGCAGUGCAAAAUGUCUUCUUUUGCUGUGCAACAUUCCACCCCUUCAUUCCAUUCAUGAUUGCAAGGAUCCAGAAGUUGUUAAGUCUAGUGAAGGCACUGAGGACAGGCAGAUGCCAUUUCACAUUAUUGGUUCAUUUCAUGUAUAUACUUGACCACAACAUCAAUGUAAAUAUAUAGAAUUCAUUUUAAAUAUCUUUUAAAUAUCUUUUUGUCUAUGGUAUCCUAAAGAGAUUUAAUUAUUUCUGAGCUAUGCUUGAUAUUCCUGUGACAUCUCAGUACCUAUAAAAGAGACUAUGCAUUUGUCAGCAGUGUCUCUGGCAUGGAGUCUUGCACAUUAGUGUUACAGAAUGAUGAGAAAUUGCAUUGGAAUCAGACCUUUUUUUUUUUUCCCAUCAAAGGCUUAAGGACAGCUGAAUUCCCUAGUGUCAGUCAAAGGAGAUGGGACAGAAGUAAGUUUGAUUUUUGUAUUUAAUGCACCAUAAGAGCCCAUUAUUUCAGCUGGUUGUGCUCUGCAGGGCUCACGUCAGAGUCAGUGUGGCCCCUGAGCUGGCACUGCCCUGGUCCCAGCGCUGCCUCAGGUGGGGUUCAGCAGGGGAGCCCACGUGUGGGUAACUUCAGUUCACUUCUGACUUCAAUCAGAUAAUUUAUAACAAUAACUAUGUACUGUUUUAACAGUGUACCCUAACCACACUGUGACUGGGAGGCCUGAUGUGCUGUCCAAGUCCCUCUGUCUGUCUCUCUCCUUGUGCACCCCCCACCAGCUGCAGGACACACCCGUGUGUGUGUCAGUGAAUACACCACAUGCACGAGGACAGAGAGUGUUUCACAGCCAUCAUAUUCCACACAAACUUAGUGGGGAUCGUGCUCUUAGUGGGGAUCAUCACAUCCCACAUUCCUCACAGCAUUUUAACUCCACUCCCUUGGUCUCAACUGAGAGCACUGUGCACCUUUGCAGCAUUGGCCCUGAGUUGCUUGGACUGAAUUACCAUUAACAACAAGGUUUUAUAUGUGUUUAAAAAUCCAACAGCAGACAUCAAAGGCGUUAGGCUUUUUUUUUUGUGAAGAACUGUGAGGCUGUAAGAUCCUAAGGUGGUUUUGUGUAAUCAGAAAAAUGGCAGUUACUUUCAUAGGUUUUCUGUAACACAAAGUGUACUGAAGUUAUGUAAAGCAGAAUUGGAAGGUCUGAAAGGUUUCCAACUUUAUUUGUGCAUGUUUAUAACUUUGUACACAUUUGCAUUAGUCUUGCACAGCUACAGACACCUCUGUAUUCUAAUGACUGCACGUGCAAUUUAAAUGAUUUUAAACCUUAGUGCAUGUUUAAUAUGUAUGCAAAAUGUACAUAUGUGUAAAACUGGCAGAGGUGGAAAAUUUACCUCUCAGGGAAUGAUCUUAACACAUUUAGGGAGUCUCGCACAUUCCAUAUUCCGAUCGCGCUAAGAACUGAAACUUAAUUAUUUUCAUGUGUGUAAGUGUGUAUAUUUAAAAGGCGACUGUGGCAACCUUAAUUUCCCCACCUCUAGUACUGACAGUGACUUACAUAAUGGCUUCUUUAGGGUUCAGUUUGCACUUUGUGUCCAACUAGGAAUUCCUUCCUCUGAACAACUCCCAGUGUACCUUCUGGGCACCAUUUCCAUGGAACCCUGUACACGCAUCUGAAAUCAUUACAAAAUGGCAGUAAUCUGGAAUUCAUUCAGAAAAUUGGUUCCAUGUUUGGUUUUGAUUCUUCCUGCAGUUAAAAUAAUGUAAAAAUAUGAAUCCAUCAUCUUUGCAUUCCAGGGGAUGGAACGAGUAGGCUUCUGGAAGGCACAGACUGUCUUUGUGGAAUACUAUUAAGACACUCGUGUGGUUUCUUGAAUCAGUGUGGGGAAACAUUGGGCUUCACUGAACUUGUAUUUCUUCUUCCGUGUUCUCUAUGGAAUGUCACACUACCACUGGGGGAAGAUCUGUGCAUCCCUUUCAGGUUCCUCAAAGUCUCACUCCCUGUCUCUUCCACAAGAUGUUGUGAACUGAAAUGGAUGCGUUUGUUUGAUCACCAGUUGUGCAUCACUGGAAUUGUAUUGGAACAUCCUUGCAGUUUGUAUGGUAGAGACAUUUCUAGACUUUCUCACGUUUUUGGAGGAAGGUUAAGAUACAGACUUAAGGUUCAAUAAAUCCUUUUACAGAUCUUCCAGAGUGAUGUGACCUUGACCAGAUUGUUUAACAUUCUUGUGCCUUUGUCUCUGCAUCUGUAGAAUCAAUUACCACCUAUAGAGAUGUCCUGAAACUCCAUUUGUCGAGAUGUAUAAAUCAUGAUCUGUAUGAUGGAAGUGAAAAGUUUAUUCUAUAUUAAUAUUUUUACAGGGUGUGUAAGACAGUUCCCAGUAAUGCUGAUGUUUUUGCUAUUGAUUUGUGCAAAAGUUAACUUAAGUACUUUUUUUGUUCAGAUGGAUGUUCUUUGUUCUCUUCUGUGUAGACUGAAUGCAUGGGGGAAAUAGUUCCUUUUGGGGAAAAAGAUUUAAGUAAUGUGUAACAAGAAUAUACUUAUAAACAAGGGUAUUUUUGUACUCCAGUUUGAUUUGUCAAAAACUUUUUCAAAUGACAGAGGAUUUUCUUAGCCCUUUUUCCUCUUCCCAUGUAUUAGUUUGCAGAAAAUACAUAACUGGAUGUAAUUCUGAGACCCUCACUCUCCAAGCACAGACAGUGUGUACAGUCCCUAUAGCACCUCCUGUCCCUAAUUCUAUAGCAGUAACGAGAACACACACAAACUCUUAGCUAUAGGGAAGUUAAAACACUACUUUGUCCCCUGGAACGAGGUAAUACUGCGGUUACAAAGGUAUUAGUUCCUGCACAAAAUUGGCACUUGUUCUGGAUUUCCCCUGGAAGAUAAAUCUCUAUUUCUGUGGUCAUGUUUAUGUGACCUUUAACAUAACAAUCUGUUUCUCUUGGUUUUAAUCCACAGACCAUUCCUGUAGUGGUAAGUCCUUCUGCUGGGACAGUGGCAAUGAGAACUGGAGUUCAGUAUGUUCAGACCACAAUGCCAGUCCAAGUACGAAGAGUCUAACUGCUAACAAGAAGUCCAUACAAUUGUUGGAAUAAAUAAGUCUAAUAGAAAUGUGAAAAAUAAACACAGUUCUUUGGAUUAACCUCAAAGGUUCAGACUUUAGCUUUGUGUAUGUGUACAAAGCAUUAAUUACACUACAUUAAUGUAAAGCAUUAGUGCUGGCUUAGAAAAGCUGAGGACAGGUAAGAUCCAUAUUAAAUCUAUGCUUCUUUUGUAAAUAAUGUACAAUUUGUGGAUGUCAUUAGAGUACCAUCUCCUUUUUAUAUUUGUAUUGACUUUAACUUAUAAAGAGUGUUUGAAGUUGGAAAAGGAAGGUUUGAAACAGCCUUAUCACAACCUAAUGCUGAAAACUGGUCUUGGGAAACUGCAGUUAUGCAUCAAAUAAUACUAAGAAUCUGAACAUCUGUCUUUGCAUUUGGAUUGAAAAAAAAUUCUGCACUUUGAAACUCUUGUAGAGUUUCUUUGAACAACCAAGUGAUGAAGGAUACCUUUUUUCAGUUGAUUGCAUCAGGCAAAUUAUGACAUUUCCAAUCUGUGGAUCUGAAACACAAAGAUUUAUGUUGUUUUUUUUCAUAAUGACCAGACUAACAAAAAUUUCAUUUAGUCUAAGAUCAGAAAAGUUGGAAAGCGUAACAGCAGCUGGUUGUAGAACGGUUUCUGAUCACUGAUAUCGAAGACUGAGGAAAGUAAAAUUUGUUCCUGUGCUUCUUAUUUUUUAAAAAUUCUCCCAAAGGACUUUGAACAAGAAUUAGGUGUGGAGAAAAACACGGAUCAGGAAACACGGGCAAAGGACUUUUGAUGCUGGGCCAGAGCAUGUGUUAUUUAUAUGAUGGAAUUUCUGUUUUUCUGUAAGCAUGAAGCAGUGCAGUACGAGAGGAGCUCCCCCUGCAGAUGCUGUCUGUUACACUGAGACUGUAGUCCCAUUUUGUAUGUUGUGUAAAACGAAAGCAUUGAACAAAGCAAAGGUGAUGUAUGUAUAUGAGAAAAUUAACUGUAUGAUAUCAUUCCAGUACAUUCUGUUGUACAUUUUAGUCAUGUUGAUUUCUCCCAUUGUUUAUAUAAGAAUGCGGUUUGUACAGUCUCCAGCUAGUCCCCAGAUGAGAGGGAAAAAAAGUAUUAGAAGGAAAAAAAAAAAAAGGCAAGAACAGAAUAUUCAUUAAUUGCAGUUGUGUCAAAACUAGCCUAGCUGGCCUUAUUUGUGAAGCAUAAUUGCUUUUAGCAUAUGGAAGUAUUUUUUCACAUUUUCUUUGUAUAAAAUUUGUAUUAAACUUAAAUAUCUUUUUUGACAA